AUGGAGUCGACCAAGCUUGAGUUGCAGCUUGUGCCCGCCCGCGCCAACUCCGGCCACGGUGACAACGAUGCGAGCCAGAGCAAAGGCAACAGUCCAGAGCACCAGCAGCACCAGCAGUACCUGGUUCCAGCCAUCCUGCCGAUGACGAUCCGCCACAGCAGCAGCACGAUGGAAUCUGUCACUCUGAGCACGACGGCAGCACAGCAGGUCAACCCAUAUCUUGGGUUUGAGGAGAAGACGGCGUAUGUCACCUUUCGCCUGAAGCAGUUCAAGACAGAGGCGAGCGUGCGUGUUGAAGACGCACAGCAUGCGUCUUUCCUGCCAGAGGGCCUGUUUACGGUGGUGUUAGCGCAUGUGAUGACGCAUGCACAGCACGGCGCAUCACAGCAGCCCAAGCUGAGCCGCACCCACGCCGUCUGCUUCAUGGAGUCGACCAAACUGGAGUUGCAGCUUGUGCCGGCUGUUGGCGGCAUCAAGAUGAAGAUCAGGAGUGCACAGCCACGCGCCAUGCUACACAUGCUGCACACCAUGAUCAGCGAGGCUGCCAGAGAGCGCUAUCCUGAGCUGAAGAGCAGCCUCCUGCUGCCGUAUGACGACAAGACGCUGCUGUUCUUUGAGGAUGUGCUGCACCACCACAAGAGCAAGCAGGACAUGUGGGUAGACGAACAGCUGCUGCCGCCCGAUGACCUUGUCGCCAAGUAUGGCCGUCUCUUGCCCGUUCUCGGCCUGCAGGACAAGUAUGACGUCUUCAUCAGCUACCGGCAACGCGCCAGCAGUGGGCUGGUGAUGGCGCUGCACCCGCGCUUGGAGCAGCGCAACCUGGUUGCGUUCCUGGACGCCAACAACCUGGAGACGGGCCUCAACUUCAAGCUGUCGUUCAUGACGGCGAUUGGGCUGAGCCUGGUGGCCUGCCCCAUUGUUUCUGCUGCCACCAUCAUGCAGAUGAGGCAGCUGCAGCACAGCGACUACUGCGACAACGUGCUGCUGGAGUGGAUGACGAUGCUGGCGCUGCACGAGCACCAGCGCAAGCACGGAGGGAGAGGUGAGGGGGAGGCCACAGACCUGAUCCGCCUUCGCCGCGUUGUGCCCGUGAUUGUUGGCAGCGCGUGGCACAAUGUGAACGACAGCAGUAUGAGCAGGGCCGAGAUGAGCGAGUACGAUUCGUUUGAUGCCAUGAAGCGGCUGGCCAUGACGCUGCCAGAUGCUGUGAGCAAGCAAACAGCAGCAGCCCUCGAUCAGUAUUUCACACAGGUGCUGCACCUGCCGCCACCCCGCCCACACAAGAGCGUGCGCGAAGCAGUGUGGUCGCUGUUUGACAUUGACGCCGUGACUGCAUUGGAUGCCGGUGUGGACCGCACGUCACAGUUGCGCGACAUUGCGGAGAAAGUGCGCCGGGUCGUCGUCUCUGCCAGGAGCGAGGAGCAAACUGGACGGGGGCCAGCAACUGCUCGUCGAUCCACUCAGUUCUCCCAGCCGAUCCAGCCGUCUGAACCAGCCGCACCACAGCCACCACAAGCGCCCCAGUCACCCUCACCUCAGGAAGCUGGCAUCGUGUUUGAUGCGGAGUUUGAGGAGUGGCUGUCGACCAACAAGCUGCUGCCACACGUGCAAGGCGCACUGCACCAAGUUGGGGCCGCAGACUUUGAUAUGCUGACCGUGCUUGUGGACACGGGCGUGGUUGGUGCCGACAAGCUACAGGAAAUGGGUGUUCGUGCUGGCCCUGCACACCUGUUCAUGCAGCGCUUUGACGAGCAUCGUGCAGCAGCCGAUGUCCAGAACAAGGAGGGCGGUGGCUGCUGUGCCCUCAUGUGACUGCACCGUCGCUUCUGUUGAACUCGUGAACUUUCCGUUACAACUUCACAUUAUGUUACUUUCCGCUGCCGUCCGUUUGCUUUUUCGUACUUUCUGCCUUUCAUGUCUGCUUUCAUCGUUUGUCUUUGGCGCCCCCACGUCUACAAUGGCACGUUGACUUGCCCAACUGGUGUGCAGCGCCGCGUUUCUUUGCGUUCGUGAAGGUUGGAUGCCCUCUCCUUGUGUUGUCUUUGCUGCCACAUGUGAGAAUGCCACAUUCCUGUUGCUUCUUUCCAAACAGUGCAUGUAUGUUACGUUCCACACCCGAGCCUGUGUUUUGUUGCUUUUCGUCUGGCCGUUCACUCCGGUGCUGCUUGCUCUUCUGUGCAUGGGUGUGUGCUGUGUGUGUGUGUGUGUGUGUGUGUGUGUGUGUGUGUGUGUGUGUGUGUGUGU